AUGUCUCCAAGCAAGUAUGAGAAUCUUACAGAUACCUUGCGUGUAGUGACAUGCCUGACCUCAUCGGUGUUGACACUAUCAGCCAUAUCUUGCGACCGAUUUGUGGCCAUAUUUUUCCCGCUCAGAGCCCGUGUAACCAAACAGAGGACCGGUUUAGUCAUAGCCAUCAUAUGGAUCGUGUCGCUGGUGGUCAGCAUACCGUUCCUCAUAUACCGUAAACAUCACACGUUUGAGCGAGGUUUUGCGAGUCUGAGAUGUAUUAAUAUACGUAAGGCAUACGAGGGGAAAGGCAUGUGGAAAGAUUACGGAAUAAAUACCGUGUGGCGGGAUUACAUUGAAACAAAUUGCGUGGAAAGUUGGCCCUCGAUAUCUGAGUACUCGGCCGACACCGGCAUAUGUAUCAAGUCGUAUGUGUCGAAAAAGAUAUACUACACGUUCGUGUCGACCACCCUGUUCUUCAUACCGGUGCUCGUGAUGGUCACCGCCUACUCGUUGAUAGUGUGGCGCCUGUGGUAUAACGAGAUACCCGGCGAACGGUCCCAGAAUAACGUCAGCCAACAUAGGAAAGCCAAGAAAAAAUUUAUGUCCAAACUGUUUGCCCACAAAAAGGCUACCGUUCCCUUUGGCAUGUUGACUGUUAUUGAUAGGCACCUCUUAACAGCGUUUGUCAUAUCAUGGAUGCCGUUGCAGAUCAUUGUCUUAUACUCACUGUUCGGACACUCGGCUAACGCUUCCGGCGAAGGGAUGCCAGUGGUGGAAUACGACGAGUUAACUAACCACAAAAAUAGUGUUCAUUUAAAUGUGAGAUAUGUAUGCGAUUGGAGUGAAUGUGGCAAACAGUUUACAACAAAACGAAGUCUCAAUCGACACAAAAAUAAAAUUCAUUUAAGUAUUAAUUCCCGUAAAUUUAAUUGUUCCUGGCCUAAAUGUCAAUUUAAAUCAUCAAAUGGACAAAGUUUAAUUCAACACCAAUUAACGCAUUCAUCGGUAAAACAAAUCAUAUGUAAUAAUAUUAAUUGCAAUGAGAUGUUCACAACAGUUAAACAAUUAUAUGAACACAAAAAUAGCGUUCAUUUAAACGUGAGAUAUGUAUGCGAUUGGAGUGAAUGUGGCAAACAGUUUACAAACAAAUUUGAUUUAAAACGACAAAAAAGUUGUGUUCAUUUGAAUGAAAAGCUAUUCAAAUGUAAUGAAGAAAAUUGUGGCAAAAGUUUUGGUGUUCAGUCACACCUAACUAAACACAAACGGACUGUUCAUUCCCAUGAAAAGCCAUUUGUUUGUCAUUUCAAUGAUUGCUACAAAAUAUGUCAGGCUCUGACAGUCAGAGUACUUUUGGGGAUGCCAGUGGUGGCCAGGACUGGUAUGGUUAAGGGCAUUGCCAAACUGUUGCCGAAAUGGUUUCCCAGUGUCUCCUACUUUGCCACAUUCAUCGCCUAUUCAAACAGUGUGUUCAACCCUAUCAUAUACGGCGGUUUCAAUAAGAACUUCCGACAGGCCCUGUGCUCCAUAUUCCGGUGCCAGGAUAAGUUUGCCAUCAUACACCGCAAU